AUGGGAGAGCACCAGAGCCAGAUGGUAGACGGGCUCCAUGAGCUCUACCGACGGUCUGUGGACGGAGAAGGAUGGCCUGGUCCCCCCCUUGCAGUGCGGCCUGAAACCGAGGGCCAACCUCUCACGCACGACCUACUCUCCCGAUUAGGUGUUUUGGACCAGGACAGGAACAGGCAAGACAUUCGAGCCGAGCAAGGUGACCCGAGCAACCAGAUGGCGGCACCCAAUCCGAAUGAACAUAGCAAUGAAGGGUCAAGCGGAAUUAUACCUGACAGUGAAACCGGACGCGCAGCUUUCCCAUUCGAUCACAGCACAUCUGCAUCAGUUCAUGCGACCAUAUUUGGACAACUUAGCCAACAGCAACAUAUAGCACAAACUGAGAGCUCCAUGACCGAGACACUCAGUUCGGAUCCUUCAUCACUCCCAGAUGCCAUGACAAUGGAUUUCCGGUCUCUCCAGACUAUGCCCAGCUAUACAACCACACUGGGCCAACAGAUGCCUGUGCCCGUACGGGAAUGGAUGGUAUAUAUUCCAGAUGACGAUGAUGAGGUGCAUCCUCCUCCAAACACCUAA